AGAACCUUCACAUUUUAGGCUCACUUUCAAAGAAUUAGAGCCGCAGCAUGGGAUCGAGCCAUCGCAAAGAGAUGCAUCGAUCGUAGUGGAGCCACACGUGUUGCCUUGUCGAGGUCCGUAUCCUCAUGUGGAGCCACGGAAAAACACUAUACAUUUCACUCCUGCGCAGAUAGAGGCAAUCAAAUCGGGGAUGCAGCCCGGACUAACAAUGGUUGUUGGCCCGCCUGGAACCGGCAAAACCGAUGUGGCAGUCCAAAUAAUUUCCAAUAUCUAUCACAAUUGGCCUGAACAGAGGACAUUAAUUGUAACGCACUCGAAUCAAGCGCUUAAUCAACUUUUUGAGAAAAUAAUAGCAUUGGAUGUGGACGAGCGCCAUUUGCUUCGACUGGGUCACGGUGAAGAAGCUCUGGAGACGGAAAAGGAUUUCAGCAGGUAUGGUCGCGUGAACUAUGUUUUACAGAAGCGACUCGAUCUUUUGAAAGAGGUAGAAAAGCUGCAGGAAGCCCUUGAAGUAACCGGCGACGUUUCUUACACUUGCGAAACUGCCGGCCACUUCUUCCUCUAUCAAGUAUUCGCUCGUUGGGAGCGGUUCGAAAGCGAUGUCGCACGCUCCGACAAAAGUCCAAAUCCUACGGCUAGCUCAGUUGCUGAGCAUUUUCCAUUCACGAAAUUCUUCGCUGACGUCCCUGCUCCUCUUUUCAAGGGUGUUUCGUUCGAAGAAGAUUGGGAGAUUGCUCAGGGUUGCUGGCGAUACAUUCGAGGCAUAUUUACACAGCUUGAAGAAUUUCGAUCUUUUGAGUUGCUGCGUUCUGGCAGAGAUCGCACGGAUUACCUCCUGGUGAAGGAGGCAAAAAUAAUUGCCAUGACAUGCACUCAUGCGGCUUUGCGACGUAAGGAUUUGGUAGAAGUAGGAUUCAGAUACGACAACAUCUUGAUGGAAGAGGCAGCACAAAUCCUGGAAGUUGAAACUUUCAUUCCGCUUUUACUUCAGGAUCCCCAAGAUGGCAGGAAUCGUCUGAAGCGGUGGAUCAUGAUUGGUGAUCAUCAUCAGUUGCCACCAGUUGUUCAGAAUGUUGCUUUUCAAAAAUAUUCCAAUAUGGAGCAGAGUUUGUUCGCGAGAUUUGUUCGACUAGGUGUUCCACAUGUUUUACUGGAUCGCCAAGGUCGCGCCAGAGCCGAGUAUGUUUCAGCACUUUUAUAUACAGCCGCAGCAAAAUAA